GUCUCGGAUACUUUUGACUUCCAACAGGAUAUAAAACUACUGACCGGGAAAAAUCACUUUUGUUUAAUUGAGUAAAUUGUCAGCUAAAUUGCUGUUGUUACUGUUCGGAGGAGAAAAACUUCUCAGAGAGAGGGACGCGAUGCAGCACUACGGAGUGAAUGGUUACUCUCUGCACGCCAUGAACUCUCUGAGCGCCAUGUACAACCUUCAUCAACAGGCCGCCCAGCACGCGCAGCACGCUCCCGACUACCGGCCCUCCGUGCACGCGCUCACGCUCGCGGAGAGACUGGCAGACAUCAUCUUGGAGGCGCGCUACGGCUCUCAGCACAGAAAGCAGCGCCGCAGCCGCACAGCCUUCACCGCGCAGCAGCUGGAGGCGCUGGAGAAAACUUUCCAGAAAACUCACUACCCUGAUGUGGUCAUGCGUGAACGUUUGGCCAUGUGCACCAACCUCCCCGAAGCUCGAGUACAGGUGUGGUUUAAAAACCGUCGUGCGAAGUUCCGCAAGAAGCAGCGCAGCCUGCAGAAAGAGCAGCUUCAGCGGCUGAAGGAUGCUGGGACGGAGGGAGCCCAGGAAGAGGGGAAAGAAGAAGCUCCGCCUGUUGAAGCUCAAGCCCCGCCCUCCCCUUCAAAUGGGCGUGGCCCCACAUGCCCCCCUCCCUGUGACUUGAGUGAAGAGGUGAAUGUCACCUCACCGGAACAGUCAGGGGCGGAGUCAGGGGCUGAGGACAUGACUGACAGAGAGGAUGAAUCACUGUCCAUCAAAGAUGAAACAAAAGAGGCGGGGCCAACCCUGACGAUAGACGACAGUACACCUUCUUGCAAACCAAUCAGCCCUAAAUCAGAUGAGCCGCUGGGUUCUCCAGCUCUUCCCUCCUCCAGUGGCGUCAGCGGUGGAGUGGCUCAGACCAAUUCCUACGCUUCGUCUCCUCUCAGUCUGUUCCGUCUGCAGGAACAGUUUCGCCAGCACAUGGCCACUACCAACAACCUCAUGCACUAUCCCGCCUUCGACGUGACCGCGCCGUCCUCCUUACCCUACCUGGGCGUGAACGUGAACAUGGCGUCUCCACUGGGAUCCCUGCCGUGUCAGCCCUACUACCAGACCCUGUCCCAGGCCCAGCAGAUGUGGAGCAGCCCUCUGCUGCAGGGCUCCGGUGCUCUACCGGCCCUCAACAGCAAAACCACAAGCAUCGAGAACCUGCGUCUGAGGGCCAAGCAACAUGCUGCAUCACUCGGCUUGGACACGCUUCCAAACUGACCACUGAUUCACGCAAAUCAAUGCAUUUCUGCAUCGACGUCUCGUGUUCAGGAUCUACAUCACAUUAGUGUUCUCAAAUCAACGGCUGGAGCUGUUUCAUUAUUAUAUAGCAUGGCAGAAUGGAGAAGUUUGGACGACUUUUAAGUGUUUCGGUCCGGCUGCAUGGCAGAGGUUUUAUCUUUUCCAAACGCCCCUGGCUUUGCACUUUGAAACGUAAAAAAAAAAGCACAUUAAUUAAUUUGUUUCUGUAAAUAGGCUUAUUAAGGUCCACAGCCUUGGUAGACAGUUAGUGAAGCCUCCUGUUUGUAUAUUUGAAGAAGUUUAAAUGUCUUCACUGUCUGUGGAUGUUAUAAAGGGACGUAAAGCGAAUGGAUGAAGCCCCUGCAAACAUCAGAAAGACUUCAGACUGAUGCUCCUGACGUCAUGCCAUGUGUUUUGUCGAUUUAGAGUCUAUCGGAUAUCUCUGAAUUGUUUAAAUAAAUGUGAAUAAUUUAUCAGUGAAAUGAAAGGGAAUAAACCACAUA